AUGCCGUUUUGUGUGGCUUUUGGUUGUUCAAAUCAAACAGAAAACAACAAAAAUGUUUCUUUCCACACCAUGCCUAAAAAGCAAUCAUUAUUUAAAAAGUGGGAAGUGGCUAUUGGGAGAACAGAUUUACCUCCAAGUGGAAGAUUAUGUUCUGAUCAUUUUGAACAGUCGUGUUAUGUCUCGACAACAACAUUAAAACAGGAACUUUGUGGUGACUUGUAUUCAGCACGUAAAGGUACCCGUCGCCGAUUGACACCUGAUGCCGUGCCAACCUUGUUUAAACAUAAGGAAAAUAAAAAUAAGGAGAGAAGCACUUCUGUUGGCCGAUCUACACGUGCUGAACAUGUUAGGGUAAGAUUACAUUGGUAA